CCUCUGUGAACUUCUGCCGCCGUCGGAUCAAACGCCAAACCCUAACCUGGAAAAAGAGAAGAUCUUUCAUCAGUAAUCACGAUUACUUUCGCCAUUUUCCCCACUCCCAACUUUUCAACCGAAGAAAUGGAAGUAAACAUUUAAAUCAAGUAGAAUCAAAACACAAAUUACGACUACCGUUGCAAACUUUCCACCCGGCGGAGCAAUUGCGCGAAUGGAGGACGCCGCUGGCGGCGACCGCAAGAGCAACGGCAAACGUAGAGAUGAAGAACCGGACGGCAUGUCCGUACACUCUCCCUGCAAAGCUCCUCCUUCUUCCGCUUCCUCUCUCCCUAAGGAGCAAUCGCAGGUCGAAUUGGAGCUCAGGCUGCUGGAAGCUCUAGCGAUUUAUCCUCCCGUCAAACUCCGAGGUAAAGCUCUUUCGUAUCCUUUUUUCCCUAUCGUUUGGGAUGCUUUUGGUUCUGCAGGAAUGCACCGGCAUUUUGUGCUGUAUGGUCUGAUGGAAUUUCUUCGGAGAAGGUUCUUUGAUCGAUAUUUCUCUCCGGAUGAGGUCAUGCAACUGCUGGAACGAUUCUAUAACAUAGAAAUGCUGAAACCGGACGAUGAGGAGGCGGAGAUGCUGAGCCAGGAAGAAGAUUUCAGCUUGCCACAGAGCUAUUUUGUGAAGGAAGAGUGAUGAAACUAGUUGGCUUUUGCUACAUUAAUUAGUGCAGACGGGAUGAAUUGAAUUGUGUACUUGCAAAUCCUCUUCUUCUUUUUGGAUUUUGCUUGGCUAUACCGCCCUUCCAAAAUGUACCUAUCAAAUAGCCUGUAAAUAACUAAAUAUAAUUAGCCCGCCAAAAGGAGCUUUGGUUCACCGGCCACUGUAGCAUAGUGGUUCAAAUCCAAAUCGCUGGUGGAGUAGUGUAAACAGUGAAACCUGGUUAAUAGAAUGAGCACUAACUAACUUGUGGUAAAUUCUUAGGGUGGCUUGUUUGUUGGGCUAGGAUAAUAGAUUUUGUAUCAUAUCCAAGUUUGAUGGACUUAACACAAGUUCAG